AUGGAAUUCUAUAGAAAGCGUGUUGAGAAUUUUCCCUUAUUAUUUGGCUUUGAUGGAUUGUUUAAAAAUAAUGUAGAAAAUUUUACAACCAAUCAAACCUUAUUCUACUCUCUCAACCAAGAAGUUGAUUUAUUGCGAAAGGACUUGUCAAAGCUCAAUGACGAAGUAAUUAUAUGGGUGAAUCGCAGUGAGGCAGGAGGUCAAUAUAGAUCGGUAGAAGCAUCUAUUAAUAGAACUUAUCCACCAUAUUCGCCCAAAGAUGAAAGGUAUAAUAUUGCACAAACAUACAUUUCUAACUGGAAAUUUUGUGUAGAUAAGUUUAAAAAUUGUAAGAGUAUGUGCGAAAGGCUCGUUGAUCUUCUUGAAGAUGAUGUUCUGAAAGCUCACAAUAGUAUGAAUCAGGUUUUUGAUCAGUUAGAAAAGCUGCACACACCAAAUAAUGACUUUGGUCUCAUCGAAAAGACUCAGACAGAAGAUUUUUUAAGAAAUUAUAGUAAUACGCCUGUGGCUUUGAAAGAACUUGAUAAUUCAGAAAAUAUAGGUGAAAAAUUUUAUAAUGAGAUUGGAGCACAUAUAAAAUCAUCCUCUAGUACAGUACUUCGUUGCUAUGGUAUCUCAAAAAAUUCUAAAACUAAAAAUUUCGUUAUGGUUUUUACUUAUGCUCAUGGGGGAGAUUUAAGAAAUUACUUAAUGCAAAGUAAAGGAUUGGUCCAUCACGAUCUCCAUCCGGGAAAUCUUCUUAAUUUUCGUAGGACAAUUUCUAUAUCUGAUUUAGGCUUAUGUUCUCCGGCUAAUAUAGGUGUAUUUGGAAGUCAGGCCGGUUUGUACGAUGUUGUAUUGACGUGGCUUAAUGGAUUUGACAAAAAAAAUAUUCCAGAACAAACAAAGCAAUUUAUCGACAGUAAUUUGAAGGCAGAAUAUAAUAAUCUUAAACCAGUUACUAGUAGUCAACUAAAAAAUAUUAUAGAAAAGGUAUCAGAAAAUUUUACGCCAUUGGAUAUAGAAAAAGAAU